CACUUUCUGACUAGAGCUGCUGGCUAUAGCUACAGUUCAAGACAGUUCAAUUAGUUGCUGCGUUCACAGCACAACGUUUUUUGGAGUGGAGCAGAGCGGAGUGCUUGAGACAAGUUGUAAUAGUUUGUUAUUAGAACAAAAUAUUAGCAACAACAAGAAAACUAAAUCAAAACACUGAAAGUGUGCGAAAAAAGUAAAUAGUACUCUGCCAGCAACUGAGCGAAUAAGUGAGUGUUUAGUGUUGUCAAAGAAAGUGAGAAGAGAAAGUAGUAAAUCAGCUGUUUUAUGAAAACGGAAGUUUGCAAAAAAAAAAUAACAUAAAUAGAGGUGAAUUUAAUAUUACGUCAAACAAAAAAUGGCAUCCCUUAAAUUACUCAACACUUUGAAGUCAUCAAAUCCAACGGUCGCCCUAAAUGUACAACGUUCCUUAUUAACAAAAAGUUUACGGAAUCAAAAACGUUUUUAUGGCCUCUCAAUAGCAGUUCAUAGUAAUUUUCCUCAACAAUUGUCAACAAGUGAUCUCCCAAAUAAAUGUGAUAUUUUAAAUUUACAACAAAGAAAAAUGUCGUCGUCAGUUGGGGAGAAGCCAAAAUUAGUGAAGGUAGAGGAAUCCAGACGUUUUAUGAUCGAUUGUUUUAAGGCCGUCAAUGUACCACAAGAACAUGCUGAACAACAGGCCGAUUUAUUGGUGGCAGCCGAUUAUCGUGGUCAUUUCAGUCAUGGCAUGAACCGUUUGGAAAUGUACCUCAAUGAUUUGAGUAUUAACUCUACAAAUGGUGCUGCUGUCCCCACUAUUCUUAAGGAAACCCCCUCUACCGCCUGGGUGGAUGGCAACAAUGGUCUUGGUGCUGUUGUGGGCAAUUUCUGUAUGGAUUUGGCCAUUAAGAAGGCUAAACAAGUGGGUGUCGGUUGGGUUUGUGCCAAGGGCUCCAAUCAUUAUGGCAUGGCUGGCUGGUAUCCCAUGAGAGCCAUGAAAGAAGGUUUAGUUGGCAUGUCCAUGACCAAUACCUCUCCCUUGAUGGCUCCUACCCGUUCUAAAGAGGCUGCUUUGGGUACAAAUCCCUUGUCUUUGGGUGUUCCCGUAAAGGAUGACAAAUUUUUGCUUGAUAUGGCCACAACUGCUGUUGCUGUUGGUAAAAUUGAAAUCCAACGUCGCAAAGGUGAAGCUUUGCCCCAUGGCUGGGCUCAAGAUCCUAAUGGUGCUGAGACUACCGAUCCCGAUUUGGCCUUCCAAACUGGCUGCCUUAUGCCUUUGGGUGGUGCUGAAAUUAAUUCUGGCUACAAAGGUUACGGUUUGGGUGCUUUAGUAGAUAUCUUAUCGGGCGUUAUGUCUGGUGCCAACUACUCCACCAAAGUACGUAAAUGGACUCAUGCUGGUGCUAAUUCUGCUGCUGAUUUGGGUCAAGUUUUCAUUGCUGUCGAUCCCAAUUGCUUUGCUCCCGAUUUCGAAGAUAGAAUGACUGAUUUCAAUGCCCGUUUGCGUGGUUGUAAACCCACUAAUCCCGAAAAACCUGUACUUGUUGCUGGCGAUAAGGAAUCAUUAAAUAUGAAAGCUGUCGAUGCUGCUGGUGGUAUUCAAUAUUUACCCAAUCAAUUACAAACUUGCGAAAGCUUAUCUAAACGUUUCAAUGUCAAACCUAUGAGUUUUGCUUAAUUUUAUUUAUUAACGUCCCCCACCGGUCAUAAAUUUUAUUAAUUUAAUUUGUUUUUGUUUAAAUUUAAUUUUACGUAAUAUUUUUUUCGUCUUUAAGCAUUUAAUAUAUCAUAGCUUUACGCAUUUCUUUUAAAUUUUUUAUUAAUUGAUAUUUUUGUACAAAUUAUUUUGUACAGCAUUUUUGUAUAUUGUUUAAAAAAAAUAAUAACUAUUUUUAUAAGAAUUUAAAC